AAAGACGUCUUUUUUAUAAGUACUUUUUUUAUUAUUAUUAUUACGGUAUAGCUUCGCCAUAUGCAGCGGGGCGGCUGAGAGCCAUCUUCUUCUUUCCCUGCGAGGACAUAAAAUGCGGGAUCUUCAGCCAAGGCAUUGAAAGACUUCGAUAACCUGUAGAAAGCUUAGCAAGAUUCAACUGCGACGUCCAGAUUUCUCCAGCUUCGCUGGUAGUUUUAGCUCCGGCGGAAUCAAGCUAGCAUGUUGCUCCGUCGGCUUUCCUCAAAGUUUGCUGCUUCGGCAAGACCCUUUUGCAGUAGCACCAGACAUGAUAUAGCUGCUACCAUUUCUGAACUGAAUAAGGAAAUGGAAGUUGUUUUCGGUGAGCCUCCAUCGAAUGGAUUCGGCGCUUCUGCGGCGGAUGGUGUUGGGGCACAGGACACCCAAUUUACGUCUCAAGUAUCUGAAGAAGGUGCAGGUGGCUUGACGCACAUUGGUGAUACAGGAGAAGCUCAAAUGGUUGAUGUUUCUCCCAAAGUAGUUAGCAAACGAACUGCCACUGCCAGCUGCAAAGUGAUGCUGGGGAAGAAGGUGUUCGAUUUGGUGUCCGCCAACCAGAUGGCGAAGGGUGAUGUCUUGAGUGUGGCCAAGAUCGCAGGAAUAAGUGGGGCGAAGCAUACGAGCAGCCUCAUUCCGUUGUGCCACAACAUCACACUGACUCACGUUCGCGUUGAUCUGAAGCUGAACCCUGACGACUUCAGUGUGGAAAUAGAAGGGGAGGCCACAUGUUCCGAGAAAACCGGGGUCGAGAUGGAAGCGAUGACAGCUGUGACCAUAGCUGGUCUUACAGUAUAUGAUAUGUGCAAGGCUACUUCAAAGGAUAUCCAGAUUUCAAACGUAAGACUUGAGCGUAAAACUGGUGGGAAGAGCGGGGAUUGGUUUAGAGGAAAGUAAUGGUAUAUAGAGGGAAUUCAUCGGAUAUCUCCAGAUAAUGCUUCAUCGUGGUGCUCAUAUAAUGAACAUUGGUAGGAUUGCCACUGAUUCUCUGUUUGAUCCAACCUUUUCUUUUAUAUCAUAAUCUCGCCGACUGCGAGGAUGGAAUGAAUUAUCGAAAGCGCAAGGAGCUGCUUGUAUCUUUAGGAUUGCUUUGCAUAAAGGGCUCAUGUUCUUAUGUUUGAAGGGAAGGAAACUUUGUUUUAUUUACUCAUAGCUCAUUAUGGUUCAGGAUCAAGUUUUUGGA